AGCUGUCUUUCGCAGAUAACAAGCUUGGUGGUACAAUUCCACCUUGUUUGGGGAACCUGAGCAAAAUCUCAUACUUGAGCAUAAGUUUUAACCGGAUGCAAGGUUCAUUGCCAAGAUCCCUAGCUAACUGUACCAGGUUGAAAUUUCUUAGCCUUUUCUCGAAUGGCAUAACCGAUUCUUUCCCAAACUGGCUAAGAACGGUCCCGCUACGGACUCUGCAACUGGGUGAUAACAACUUCCAUGGCCUCAUUGGACCUGACGCUGUUGCACUUGACUUCCCUCAUCUCGACGUCCUGAUCAUAGAGACAAAUUAUUUCACCGGCAGCUUGCCAGCCAAGUAUUUUCUGCAGUCAAACUUGACGUAUAUUAACUUAUCACGCAACAAAUUUGAAGGUGCUCUGCCGAUUUUACCACCCACAGUCAGAAUGUUUUUCGUGUCAAGCAAUAUGUUAACCGGAGAGAUCCCUCCUCUGUUAUGCAAUUCUACCAAUCUUGUGGACCUUGAUUUGUCCAAUAAUUGCUUCACCGGCAGAAUACCUCGUUGUCUCAUGAAUAUGAGUACAGGCCUGAUGGACUUCAACCUAUCUAACAAUUCCUUAAGAGGCCCAAUACCAAAGAUAUCAGCCCCAAACAACUGUAGCUUGAAGAAUUUUGUCUUAUCACAAAAUCAUUUAGGAGGGAAAUUGCCACUAUUCUUGGCUAAUUGCAGCAAUCUGGAAAUUUUAGAUCUCAGUGAUAAUCAGUUCAAAGAUUUGUUUCCCAGUUGGCUCGAAGCUCUCCCAAACCUUUACAUUCUUGCUUUAAGCUCGAACAAGUUACAUGGUCUAGUAAAAACUGGCGGGUCAGCUCAACCCUUUCCCAUGCUGCACAUAUUUGACCUCUCCGACAACAAUUUCCGUGGUGCUUUUCCAACUCAGUAUAUUACUAAUUUCAAGGGGAUGAUUGGCGGAGAACAGGAGCAGGGCAACCUUGUUUAUCUGUCAAAUGACGAGCAAGUAUUUUAUGCUACUAGUGUGAUGUGGAAAGGGGUCAUGUUAGAACUGCAGAAAAUCCGGAAAGCACUCGCAGUCAUUGAUUUAUCACGUAACCAUUUUAAAGGAAAAAUACCUGGUGUGAUUGGAGAUCUAAAAUUACUCAUAGGCCUCAAUUUCUCUCAGAACAACCUCACGGGUGCUAUCCCGUAUUCGUUCAGGAAUCUGACUAAUCUUGAAUGGCUAGACCUCUCGCUGAAUAAUCUCUCUGGAGAUAUCCCUGGAUCCUUAGCUGAUCUAACAUCACUGGCAUACUUAAAUCUCUCCACGAACCGGCUCAUGGGACCCAUUCCUGAGGGUAGACAGUUCAACACAUUCAAGAGCAACUCCUUUGGGGGAAAUCCCGGGCUGUGCGGAUUUCCAUUGCCAAGAUGUGGAGAGAAUGCAAACAAACCGCCACCAUCAACUCAUGCAGAAGAAGAAGAUACAGAAAAGGGAAGUUGGAUCGAAUGGCGAGCAGUACCGAUGGGCUAUGGAUGCGGGACUGCAUUUGGGCUUUCAGCAGGAUACAUCAUGCUUCAUUUCCGGAGACCACUAUGGCUUAUGAGGAUGAUGGAGAGAAGAAUAUACAAGCUGCAAAGGAGAGCUAGAAGAACUCGGGGAAGAAAUGGUACAAGGACUCGGCGCCAUCAAUGAAAAUGAGGCAGAGCAACAAAUGGUCAGUGAAUUGCAAUAAGUGGGACGAAUAUAAGAGCCUCCAGAUCCUGACCACGUCCCCAGUUCAGGUGAUCUUGAAGAGCAUACUAACAAAGGAAUGGGGCACCUCUACGGGUGUUCUUAUAUAUUCAUGUCGUUAGCAGUGUCUUGAUGUAAUAAAAGCACGGACCAAGAUGUUUUUUGUCAGAGUUUAUGCCACAUGAAAAGUGAGUAUA